AAAAUGUUGCCGCAAAAAAUACUCAUUUGUUUAAUCACAAUCUAUCAUCUAUUGUUGGCUGACAAUCUAAAAGGAUAUCAAGGUUAUAAUAAAUAUACAAUAACGUACGACGAUGAGGAAACUUUUCGUUACCUCUUGGAUCUACAGGAGAAUGAUACUAAUGUGAAUUUUUGGUCAUUGGAAAGUAAUAUGUCGAUCGCUGUGAUAAAACCUGCUAGGCAACAAAUGUUUGAAGAAUACUUGAAUGGAUUGAAUGCAAAAUUUAAAAGUCGAGCUUUACUGGACGAAAUAGCUUCUCUAAAUUUCUCCACUCCGGCAGAGUCAAAUACGGAUAACGUAGAAUUUGAGAAAUUUCGUUCCAAAAGACAAGCACGCGGAUUCUUUGCACACUAUCCCAGAUAUAAGGAGAUUUUAAAUUAUAUGAGUAUUUUAGCAACACGUUACCCACAAAAUUGCCGCUAUGAGUCGUUGGGUCGAUCAUUUGAAGGUCGUCACAUUGCUGCUCUUUCCAUAUAUCGGAAUAAUCGUAUACGUGACCGCCGCGUUGUUUAUAUACAAGGCGGAGCGCACGGCCGGGAAUGGAUUGCGCCGCUGACCGUGUUAUAUCUUGCCAAUGAGAUAUUAGGGAAUCUGAAAACUUUUGAAAGAUAUUUAAAGGAUGUGGAAAUAUAUUUGGUGCCUUUGGUUAACCCAGAUGGUUAUGAAUAUUCACACACUUCGGAUCGCUUUUGGCGGAAAAAUCGUCGUCAAUAUCCCGGCCGCUCUUGUGUUGGUGUAGAUAUUAAUCGAAAUUUCGCUAAUAAUUGGAACCGUCGUGGUGCUAGUUCUAAUCUUUGUUCAGAGGUAUUUGCUGGCAUCGCGCCUGCCUCCGAAUCUGAAACAUCGGCAGUUGUUCGCUAUCUUGAGCAUAAUCGUAAUCGUGUUAAAUUGAGUAUUGAUGUUCAUUCAUACGGUAAAUUUAUUUUCUAUCCUUAUGGCUAUUCUAGAACUGCUUAUGCCGAUACUCGGAAUUUUUUGCAUGGAGUAGCCACACGUGCUGCUUCGCAAAUAGCAAAGUAUCGCGGUACUCUUUAUAGGGUAGGAACAUCCGCUAAUAUUCUGUAUGAAGCUUCUGGUGGUUUGGAUGAUUUUGCCUAUGGGAAUCUGGGGAUACCCAUGUCUUUCACUUUGGAAUUGCCGGGCGAAAAUUUUCAUGUACCUAUCACCGAUAUUCCGGAUGUUUGUAAAGAAACUUUUGCAGGCUUUAUCGAACUUAUCAGACAUGCAACUUUCUUCUAAUUAAUUCAUUGUGGCGAUAGACCCUCAUCUAUAGGUGUGUAAGGAGUUGAAAAUUUCGUCGCUU